AUGGAAUCAAGGGUUUUGUUCUCUUCUCAUUUCAAUUUACCGGUGAAUCCGCCGCGGAAGAUCCGCGAAUCCUCGAUUGCUCUCUUUACCCUUUCCCGGAAUACACUCUCUUUCGCCAUUCGAAGUCCCGUGGACCGAUUUGCGAUGAGGAUCGGUCCGCUUGUAAAAGCUUCUUCGUUUGCCUCAAUGGAAGUAGAAGUGGAUGGGUCGAAAGACGAACCAUCAAGGAAGAAGCUUGCUGUUUUUGUGUCGGGAGGUGGUUCGAAUUUCAUGAAGAUUCAUGAAGGUUGUAUUGGUGGUUUAGUUAAAGGAGAUGUUGUUUUGUUGGUCACUAACAAAAAAGAUUGUGGAGGUGCUGAGUAUGCAAGAAGUAAUGGAAUUCCUGUUUUACUAUUCCCGAAAGCGCAACGAGAAUCAUCCGGUGGACUCUCUCCUACAGAGCUUGUGGAUGUCCUUAGGGAAUAUGGCGUAGACUUUGUUCUUCUGGCUGGAUAUUUGAAACUUAUACCGGUCGAGCUAGUCCAAGCUUUUCCUAAACGGAUUCUAAAUAUCCAUCCUGCACUUCUUCCGGCUUUUGGAGGUCAAGGGCUUUACGGUAUAAGAGUGCAUAAAGCUGUUCUAGCAUCUGGAGCUAGGUACUCAGGUCCAACAAUUCACUUUGUCAAUGAGGAGUACGAUACAGGGCGGAUACUUGCUCAAACCGCAGUCCGCGUCAAUGCUAAUGAUACUCCAGAGCAAUUAGCGAAAAGGGUUCUUCAUGAGGAACACAAGCUCUACGUAGAGGUAGUGGCUGCGAUUUGUGAGGAGCGGAUUAAAUGGAGAGAAGACGGUGUCCCUCUCAUCCAAAGCAAAGAAAACCCGGACGAGUAUUAUUAG